UAACAUUUCAAUACCCACUUUACAUCCACUGCGGCCGAUCAGCCCACAUCUGUGGUCCCUUCUCAAGGGUUCUUCUUUUUCCAUGUUUGGGGUCUUUUGAGUUUUUCCUUGCCCGAAUGUUGGUUUAGACCAGGGGAUGUCAUUGUGAGUCGGUUAAGGCCUUUGGGACACUUGGUAUUAAGUGCUAUAUAAAUACAUUUAGAUCGAGUGAUUGAUUGAUUGAUGUACCUAGUACUGUGCACUCACCAUUUUGACAGUUUUAAGUGCAACAUAAGUGCACUUGUCGAAAGUAACACAAAGCACUAAAGCCAAUGAUGAAUGUCUUGUAAUCUCACUUUGUUUCUAGAGAUGCACUGGUGGGUACGUAAAAACGCAACAUGGUGCACUAUUAAUAAUGCGUAAUAUAGUCGACCUUUCUGCAUGGCUUCACAUUGAUUGCCGUUGUUCGAUUCCAGCCUGCUGUUACGUCUUUGUUCCUGUUUGUUUUGGUUGGUGAUCUUAUGACCGUAACCAUGACAGCGCCCCCCCAAGAGCUCAUUUCCUGCUUUCCUCCAACAGGCCAACUUGUUUAGGAUUAAUUACCUUUUUGUUGACGAGGACCCCAGCAACGCAACGCAAAGAAGUCCCUGCAUCCCGAUGACGCAGACUAUUGUGGCAUGUUGGACGAUCAACGCCGUCAAAAAGUUUUCUCAAGUAAACAUGACUACUAACCGCAGCUCAAAGACUAUUGGCACUGCUUCUCACUGGUCUGGGUUGAGUUUGAGGAGACGGAACGUCGUGAGAAAGUAACAGGUGAUUAUCUCUGUUUGCUCUGGCUGCACACACACACUUGCCAUGGGCCAAGUUAAUGAACGACUGUUAGACCAGAACUAACCCACCCUGACAGUCGGGCCGAGCGUCACGUGCACACGGCAAACAAGGCUGAGAAGAAGUGGACCAUCUUGACAGCAAGCAGCAGGACGCGUUCUUACAGCUGGCAGAUCCACAGCGGGAAUCUGCAGGUUCUGAUUGUGGUCCUGCGUUGCUGCCCGUCAUCAUGUGGCCGCUGAUUUUGGACCCUCUCAACCAGACGUACUAAUUUAUGCAGAGUGUGCGCACCAUGAUGGACGAGCUGGACGUCGUAGAGGACGGACACAGAGAAGCUUCCAGGCAGCAGGUCGCCUGCUUCCAGCCCGGUUCUACUGACCCAAUAACUCACCUGCUGGAUGGACACGUCGAGUGGGACAGGGGAGCCCAGUCGGCCUGUCCAUCAUUGGGGGCGAGCAGAGAAAGCGAGCAGUGCGUUGUCAUCCUGCACGCCAAAGUUGCCCAAAAGUCCUACGGCAACGAAAAGAGGUUCUUCUGCCCGCCUCCAUGUGUUUACAUCAGCGGCCACGCUUGGAGGCUCAUGCAGGACUGCCUGACAGGGAGCGGCGGCCUGUGCGGUUACAUGUGUGUGGACACCUCCGCUCAGACCCACGGCGACGCCUUCAAACUCACCUUUGAACUGCUGACCGACAGGAGGAUGUUCGCCUGCGCCAAGUCGCUGUUCAUCUCGGACCAGGACAAGAGGAAGCACUUCCGCCUGCUGCUGCAGAUCUUCAUGGCCAGCAGACAGGAAGUGGGCUCCUUCCACAGCCGCCUGAUCAAAGUCAUCUCCAAACCGUCCCAGAAGAGACAGUCCAUGAAGAACGCAGACUUGUGUAUCUCAGCCUGCUCGCGAGUGGCUUUGUUCAACCGCCUUCGCUCACAGACAGUCAGCACGCGAUACCUUGCCGUGGAGGGCGGUGCCUUCAUCGCCAGCGCCAGACAGUGGACGGCCUUCACCAUCACACUGGUGGAGGAGCCCCGUUCUGACCGAGGCGACUUUGCGCUGAGUGAAGGAUUCGUCUGUUACGGUUCUGUGGUCCAACUUGUGUGCACCGAGUCUGGAAUCACUCUGCCCCCAAUGGUGAUCCGGAAGGUCAACAAGCAGCACGCCACCAUGGAGGUGGACGAGCCCGUGUCUCAGCUGCACAAGUGCGCCUUCGAGUUCAGAGACAAGCCUCAAGCCUACUUGUGUUUGUCCAACGACGCAAUUGUGGUGCAUCAGGCCACCUGCGGUGUCAGAGACCCCAACAGGGUGGUCCUGAAUGACGGUGCCUGUUGGACCAUCAUCGGAGUAGAAGUGGUGGACUUCACCUUCAACCAGGAGGCAGCCAGUGUUCAGACCCCCGUCAGUCCUUUCCCGGUGGUGAGCAGCCUGGAAAUCAAUGGUGGAGGUCACGUCGCCAUGUUGGAACUCGUCGGAGAAAACCUUGGCCCUCACCUCAAAGUGUGCUUUGGAAACACCGAGGCCGAGACCAUGUUCAAAUGUCCCAAAUCCCUGCUGUGCGUGGUUCCAGACAUCUCAGCCUUCAGCGUGGCCUGGCAGCCACGGUGCAGCAUGCUCACCGUGCCCGUGUCCCUCCUCCGCGUGGACGGCGUCCUCUAUCGCACGUCCUUCACCUUCACGUACACGCCCGAGCUCCAAGCGCCCCCCGCUGCGCUCAGGACGGCCGGCAUCCCGAGGGACCCUGUGGGCGAGGCGGAGCAGGAGGAGGACGUCCUGCUGGAGAGCAUCCAUCAAGAGUUCACCAGAGCCAACUUUCACCUCUUCAUGACGUAGAUGUCUUUAGUCCCACAACGUCACACAACUCCCUUUGACCACAGGGGGCAGUAUAAAUGACAAAUCCUCUUUUCUGCCAUGAACAUCAUCAAUGCCCUACUGUCCUGACGAUGCACACCAAUACCCAAUAUCCCUCCAUCUUACUAAGGCGCACCCCCUAAUAUACGUGGCCAACAGAGCGCCACGUGUCUGACUUCCUGCCUGGCGGCUGCAGCUCCUCGUCCUCAUUGGCAGGACAAACAUGGAGGAGACACAGACUCCCAAUCUUGGUCAUGGGGGAGAAACGUGAUCGCCUGUUCCAUGAAAGAGUCCAUUCUAAACCUUCUCCACCAACACACCUCCAUCCUCCAUCAGUACCCCCCCCCCCCCCCACACACACACACACACACUACCCCAGCUCCCCUUUUCCUCCUCCUAUUCCUCUUCCUAAAAAAAUGUUUUGCAAGAAUGUCGAAGGUCAUGUCUGAUCAUGAAAGAAUCUUCGGAGAAAAGACCCUUGAUGCUCUUCACACGAGCUUCAUGCAUUUCCUCAGCAGGGGACAGUAAGGCUCUUCAAUAAACUAAAUGUUUAACUUUGA